CCGAAACCCAACAUCCGGAACACAAAUACGGCGAAGAUUGUCGGUUCUUCUACCCCUUUGCGCCGUUCAAAUCGUUUGAAAGGAAGUGGCCCUUUACAUGGAAGUUGGGAAGGGAAGCAGCCUUGCGGAGACGAUUGUGUUGUUCUUGACAUCCAUCAGCCGUGCAUCAGUGAGCAGUGGCUUGAAAUGGAGGAAGUGAAAGAAAAGUAUGCCUAUGAAGAAAUCCGCAAAGCUCGCAUUUUGGAAAAUCAGGCUCGGAUGGAAAGUUUGGGAAUCCGAAAAACCAUGUCAGAACUUCGGUGCACCAUUCCUUCAAAGCCAAAAUUGGAUAAGAGAAAGUUGAUCAAGAGUGAAUGCUCGUCCAGCCUUUUGCGUCGUUCGAAUCGCUUGAAAAACAAACCAGCAGUUUCAAUUAAGCUAGAAGAUGAUGAGGGGUAUACUGCUCGCCAGCCGUCGUCCUAUGCGGUGGCUCGGGGUUGCUCAAGAAUGGUUAGGGGCAGUGUGCACGAUCCCAUCUACGGAAUCUCUUGCCACUUCUGCAGGCAAAAGAAAUUGUGUGGUGAAGAAGAAUGCAAGCGUUGUAAUGAUUUUGACAUGAACCAACCUUGUAUAGGUAAGACAGAUUGUUCGCUUUGUCAUUCUGGUACUGGUGUCUUUUGUCGAGCCUGCCUUGAGAUUAGAUAUGGUGAAGAUAUGGAUGAAGUGAGAGCGAAUAAAGAAUGGAUAUGCCCUCAUUGUGUUGAAGACAAAGGGAUUAAUCCCUAUUGGAUUUGCAAUAGUUCAUUUUGUUUGAAGAAGCGGCGAAUGGCUCCCACCGGGAUAGCAAUAUACAAAGCUCGAGAGAUGGGAUUCAAAUCAGUGGCACAUUUACUGAUGCAUGAGCUUAUGAGCAAAGAUGAUUGAUCCAUCCGAUCACAUUUACAAAGUGAACUACCGUAAGAGAGUGGAGCUGGAGGCUAACGUAUGCUACGUAUCCCAUCGUUACAAUGGUUUGCAUAUAUAAGACUAUGCAGGUGACCAAUUUUGUUAACAUAUCAUGGUCAUUGAACUUUUUGCAUUCAUAACAUUAUGCAGAAAGUUGAGGGGCUGAUUCAAUCUUUUGCUUCAUCCAUGUAUGUGAAACUGAUAAAAGCUUCGAAUGUGUACUAUCUGUUGCCAAUGGGACUUCAUGCGAAUAUGCUGAGAACAAUGCUACCUGAUGCGCAAACCCACAUCCAUAUUAGGGAUGGAUCUGAUUCGUUUUUUUAUUAUGGUCCAAUUUUAGAACCUUAAAUUGAAACGAGUAAACUUGUGCAGGUUCAGUGUGCAGUUCUGUAGGUCUCUUCCAUGCCGGAAAAUUUAGCUAUAAAAAGAAUGAGCCGGGACCUUAAGCCACUGGAUCUUCCCCGAUUCCAAAAGGCUAACGUGAACAAGGUAGAGGUGGGUGGGUGAAAUUGAAUUGAUAAAGUACGAAUUGCAAGUAAAACAUUAUAGAAAGUUAUUAAAAUUUGGAGUAAUAAUUAAGUAUAAUAUUUGGUUUAGUUCAUAUUUUUUAAUUCUUGAAAGUUGAUGUUUGAUAGUAAAUUUAUUAUGAUUUGCAAGAUAAUGACAAUUGAUACCUGUGAUUUAAAAUGGUUUUACUUGAAUUUAUUUUAGUCCUAGACCAGAACAUGUCAGACUUGAAUGAAUAGAUUAGACGAGACGAGAUAUCAAUAAACCAGAUCACUAGAAUUCAACAGUUAUAAAAUAAAAAUAUAAUAAACCAGCCAUCAACUAGAUUAGAUUAGAUUAAUUUAGAUCAAAGCAAACCAGACUUAAAUUAGACAAGAGUACAAGACUAGACUAGAAAAUUUCAAUCCAAUUAAACACACAUAAUUUAUUGAAAUAUUCGUACUUACAUUUUAGUUUCUUGAUUGUGAUUGAAUGACAAUGAUAUUUUGCUAUAUUAUUAGUUAUACAUGUUAGUCUCUUGCUUUUUUAAUCCUCCAUUAUAGUUCCAACAAUUUGUCUUUCACUUUUGUCAAUGUACAACUAGGCAUGGACCGGUCCUGGGCGGGCUUUUGUCAAUGUACAACCCCCCCAAAACACCUAGCUUAACCCGGGAAAAACAAAAAAAUGAAAAAAAGAGAGGCCCGAACCGGGCCUGGCCCGGCCGGGCCGGUUCCUAUUUUUGAUGACCUGAGCCCGCCCUGUAUAACCUCCAGGCCGGGCCUGCUUGGACCAGUCUCUAGCCGGGCCACCGGCCGGGCCAGUUCCAAACAGUGUCGGGCCACGGGCCGACCCGAAACUAGUCCACCACUACGUACAACUUUGACUACAAUUAUAUUCAGGAAAAAGUGUCAAACACACCCUCAUACUAUUUUCAAUUCAUCAUUUAAGUCCUUUUAUUUAAAAAACAUCACUUAAGUAGGCCUACUUUAAAAAAUUAACUUGCUAUAGUAGGUCAUUUUUAAAAAAUUAAAUUAGGAAUAUUGAUAAAUCUUACAAAAAUUCAUAUAAAUUUGAAUAAACAAUCUAUUAAAACUAUAAAAUAGUAUGAAUGUUAAAAUAUAUAAAAAAUUAAAAUGUUAUCAUAUUAAAAAUAAAAAAU